AGGACUCUACUACUUAAAAUGGCCGAAAUGCUGGAGGUUAUUGAGGAUUGUUGUUGUUUAUACUAAUAUCAUAUAUUUCAAAGUGUCUUUUUACGCUUUACACGUUUAAAGGAGAAGAAGAAAACGAGCCUCGUGAAUGGAAGUCAUCGUGGGAUAAACAAACCCGCUGGUCCCGCCCCCCGGCGGUUCUCAUUGGCCGGCGCCGAACAUAAAUACAAACAAAUCCCGUCUUCCUAUUGGCUGAGGCUCGUCACGUUCCCAAGGGUUGCUUUCAGUGUUUGCGUCCGGCGGUGCCGUUCACGGGUUCGGUCGGGAGUCGCUGGAUCGGGGAUCCCGCAGCAAUAAUGAAGUUCGUGCGGUUCAUUAUGAGAAACGCCGCUUUGGCCAGUGCGCCCAAGCACAUCGAGCAUUUCUCCAAAUUCUCUCCUUCACCGCUCUCCAUGAAGCAGUUCCUCGAUUUCGGUUCCAUCAACGCCUGCGAGAAGACGUCCUUUGUCUUUCUGAGGCAGGAGCUGCCUGUGAGGCUCUCCAACAUCAUGAAGGAGAUCAACCUCCUGCCCGACAAACUGCUGAGCACCCCGUCUGUGCAGACGGUGUGCAGCUGGUACGUCCAGAGUCUGAUGGAGAUUCUUGAGUUCCUAGACAAGAAUCCUGAUGAUCACUAUGUCCUCGGAGAGUUUGUGGACACCUUGUUCACCAUCAGAAACAGGCACAACGACGUGGUGAGGACCAUGGCCGAGGGCCUCAUCGAGUACAAAGAGGCCUUCGCUCCGGACCGGACCACCAACCAGAACAUCCAGUACUUCCUGGACCGCUUCUACACGAGCCGCAUCUCCAUCCGCAUGCUCAUCAACCAGCACACUCUUAUCUUUAAUGGCAACACGAACCCUGUCCACCCCAGCACCAUUGGCUCCAUCGACCCCCAGUGUCGGGUGGAAGACGUGGUCCAGGACGCCUUCCUCUGCGCCAAGAAGGUGUGUGACCAGCACUACCAUCACUCCCCAGAUCUGCAAAUGCAGGAGAUGAACAACAAGAAGAGAAACCACCCAGUGAGCAUCGUGUACGUGCCCUCCCAUCUCUACCACAUGCUCUUUGAGCUCUUUAAGAACGCGAUGAGGGCCACGGUGGAGACGCACGGGGGCCGCGGGCGCCUCCCGCCCGUCAGAGUCAUGGUGUCUUUGGGAGGCGAGGACAUGUCCAUCAAGGUCAGCGACCGCGGCGGCGGCGUCCCGUUCCGCAAGACCGAGAACCUGUUCAGCUACAUGUACUCCACUGCUCCCACUCCACAGCUGAGAGACCACUCGCAGGUCCCACUGGCCGGCUUCGGCUACGGCUUGCCCAUCUCCCGCCUCUAUGCCAGGUACUUCCAGGGGGACCUGCAGCUCUUCUCCAUGGAGGGCCACGGCACGGACGCCGUCAUCUUCCUGAAGGCGCUGUCCACAGACUCCAUCGAGAGGCUGCCAGUGUACAACAAAACCGCUCUGAGGAACUACACCGUCAGCCACGAGGCCGACGACUGGUGUGUCCCCAGUAAAGAGCCCCUGGAUCUGAGCACCUUUAAGGUGGCCAAGUGAAAAUGCCCCAGCCGGAGGCAAACCUUGGUUUUAGCUUCUUCGCCUUUCAGUCGCUGUUCUUCUGGGUUUUAUCAACCAAACAUUCAUAUAGGAAACGUCUCCUAACAGAACGUCGCCCCUGGGACUUUAGAGAUGAUCCUGGGAUCAACAGAGGGUGCGCGUGGAACGUGUGAGGAUGAGCGCGGGUUUGAUGACAGAACCCGCGUCGUCCGGUUCUGCUGCAGGACUUUGUGGAGGUCCACAGUUAAACAGGAAGGAGCCCUGUUGUCCCAUAACCGAGACCCUCGUCCCGUCACCCACGCGUUACUGUAGCGCCUUCACCCAAACACGUUUCACUGGAAUACUUGAACUUCUUUUACGUUUAGACUAAUAUUUUUGUGUGUCGGUAAAUUUCCAGCUGGGUUUCACAGCUUUGAACAAACGUCGCAUGUCGUGUUUCUGCUCCGGAUAUUUGAUUUUGCCUUUUGUCCACACUCCCUGAUAAGAUACAGUGUUAUCUUAAGGCCCAGCUGCUACAGGGUUUGUUAAAAGCAUGAAGCACAUGCUCCGUUCGACCGGCUCCAGUUAUUACGGCCCUGGAGCCAGUCUGAGUCACUGUUGGGCCCGUUAUCCAGCAAGACGAGGCCCGUUUAUGACUCUGUGCCAUACGAGGAACAAGGGCCCGAGUCCAUUUGAGCUGGAAGUUUUCCCUUUGUGUUCUAUUUAUCUGAAUCAUGCACAAUGUGAAAGGUUAUUUUUAUAGCUACACUUGACCUGUGAUUGAAAUGAUGUAAAUAUAAAGCAAAUAAAUAGAACCGCUUCAAUAUAAAA